GGAGGAAUCUUGGCUAUUCGUGUUCUCUGCCGGCGCCACCAUUGCAUCAGUUGCUGAAAGCUUGACACACCAACUGACGUGUCAACUGGUGUGUCAAGAUACGGGACUACACUUUUUUAUUUCUGUUUGUUUGUCGAAAUUCUCCAUAAUUCGGGAGCAUCUUCGAUUUUAGAGAGGAAACAGUUCGCUGUUUUUCAAUCAGGCUCCUUUCAAGGUGCUUUCCAAGAUUCUGCAUAGUCGGUCCUGCCUCAGGCUGCUUCCUGAGGGUAUGUUUUAUCCUCCCCGGCCACAGACUCCCAUGAAGACUUGUUCCAGCCAUCUCGAACUGCAUGAUGUUAUUAUUCAUUCGGGAAAUAUGCAUAAAAUCCAUGUGUGACCCAGACAAGUUUCGAACAGGAGUUAUGUCUUUGAUUGCCAGGUUGCCAAUGACGGAAGCUCUCAGGCAGGAUGUAGUUUGUCAAACGAAGGUGUUGCUAAGGUGGUGGUAGUAGACGAAGAGCAUUCAAAGCUGAUAAUUAGUGAAUUGUGCUGUUCAAUCUCCCUCAGCGGAAAUUCUCCGUGCAUGGUCACUUUGUGGUCGACUUGUGGUGAAUCACUUCGAAUUAUACCUGUAAGAAGUAUAAGUCCUCUUGGCAGUUACAAUAGCCGCCGAUCAUAUGACAUGAGCCUGGAUUGGAAUGAAAUGUAUGCAUUUCAGCUUUUUCGGUGUUCGGGCUUGUCUCGUCGACGUUAUUAGAUCUUUCCAUUGGAUUCGACCAUUUCAAACUUUUCAGGAGAGAGAACUUCAGCUCCUGGCAUGUGAGAGCAGGUCUUGAUGCUGACAAUCAACACGGUUCAAGCUGUGAUCAAGAUGGGUUGGAGUUCGCAGUUUUCGGAUCGAAGAAUGAUAGGUAACCAUGGUGCAUGAAACUGUUGCAAUCCUUGGAGGACCAUCGUCGAUGACCUAGUUUUGGGAGAGUUCGAUAAGCUCCGUUGAGAAAUGAGCACCUAUCAAGAGGUAUCUGCCAUUGUGUAGAUAAUUGUGGCCAUUGUGGCCAUUGGAGGAUCAUGGGAAAGGUGGGAGACUUGACUGCGAGGGUUCUUCGAGCUGUGGGGCCGGUGAAGCAAAGCCAUCUUCGCAAGGGCUCCACGCCAAGCAUCUUCAGCCAUGCGUACAGCAGUGGAAUGUUGCCGGCUCUUGGAUCCAACCAGAGCUCCAAAGAUCUGAUUUCGAAGAAAUACGUGAUUCAUCCUUACAACAAAAAAUACAUGUACUGGCAGGGAAUUUUGAUAAUUCUGGUGUUCUACUCCUCAUGGGUGGCUCCGUUCGAGUUUGGGUUUGUGCACAACCCUCGCGGCGCUCUGUUAGCGGUCGACAAUGUCGUCAACUUUUUCUUCUUAAUUGACAUCGUUUUGACCUUCUUCGUCGCAUAUCGGGACAAUUCAACAUUCCUGAUGGAAUGCAGCUUGAGGAGGAUUUCCUUCCGGUAUUUGAGAACAUGGUUCAUUCUGGAUGUUUUGUCGACUGUUCCAUUGGCCGCAGUGGUAGCGAUAUUUACUGGAAAAUACUAUACAGGAUUUGCGUCCAGUUUGGUCAACUUGUUGCGCCUCUGGCGAUUAAGGCGCGUUAGUGCCUUGUUUGCUAGGGUGGAGAAGAAUGUGAAAUUUAGUUACUUCUGGACUCGAUGCUUCAAACUUUUCUUGGUGACAGUGUUUGUUUGCCAUUUUGCGGCCUGCUCGUUUUACCUGUUAGCUGCCCGGCAUCCCAAAAGCAAAGAGGACGAGACGUGGCUGGGAGCCAUGCUUCCGAAUUUUGAAGAGGAAUCACUGUGGGCGCGGUAUGUGACGAGUGUUUACUGGUCCAUGACCACACUGACAACUUUAGGAUAUGGCGAUUUGCACCCCAUCAACCGCAGUGAAAUGAUCUUCGCCAGCAUUUACAUGUUGUUGAACCUGGCGUUGACAUCAUAUAUCAUCGGAAACAUGACCAAUCUCAUCACUCGUCUUACCUCACGAACACGACACUAUCGUGACUCGGUGCAACAUUUGGUGGAGUUCUCAACGAGGAACGGAUUGCCACCAAAGCUUCACGAGAAAAUCAUCUCCCACUUGCAGGUCAAGUUCAAGACAGAGAACCUGCGGCACCAAGCGAUCAUAGCCACCCUUCCAAAGGCUAUCCGCUCAUCUGUUGCGCAGUUUCUGUUCUUCGACACCGUGGAGCAAGUCUACCUCUUCCAGGGCACUUCCUACAAUUUUCGUGCCCAGCUGGUGUCAGAGAUGAAGGUCGAGUUCUUCCCUCCUGGCGAAGAAAUCAUUCUGGUUGAUGAGGCCCCCUCCGAGUUCUACAUUGUUGUGAACGGUUCCGCGAAUGUGUUCAUUCGAGGAGAUCAGGGUGGGCCAGAGCAACUUUUAACGACGGUCUACGCAACCGACGUUAUUGGGGAGAUUGGUGUGAUUUGUUAUAUGCCGCAACCUUUCACUAUACGAAGUCAAAAAUUGUCCCAGCUCUUGCGACUGGACCGUAUUGUGUUCAUGAACAUCGUGCAACAAUACAAGGAAGAUGGUCAGAGGAUUGUUGACAAUCUCUUGCAGCGGCUGCGGGAAGCAAAUGACCCCCGAUUCGAAGAGCUUUCGUCAGAGAUUGAGACUCUCCUUGCUGAAGACAGCGAGAUGUCAGAGCCAAGCCUAUGUGCGGUAGCUGCCGGAGGCAACGUGGGGUUUCUACAGCAGCUGUUAAGCAAAGGUGCAGAGGUGGACAAACCAGAUUAUCACGGUCGAACAGCUCUGGUCAUUGCAGCUUCAAAAGGUUACGAGGAGUGCGUAAAGCUCCUGCUAGAACACGGAGCUGACCCAAACAAGGCUGACGCGCAUGGGAAAGUUCCUCUCCUCGAGGCCCUUAUCGCUCGGGACACCAGCACUGUGAAGGUCUUGACAGAGAACGGGGCAACCUUGGGUAAUGCGGACAUGGGGAUAUACCUCGGGCAAGCUGUCCUCGACAGUAACAAAGACCUCAUUGACGACUACUUAAAACAUGGAGCUGACAUAAAUACGGUAAGCGAAUCUGAAGGACACGCAGUCGGGCAAACCGCACUCCAUGUUGCCGUUAUAGAUGGUAACAUGGACAUGGUUAAGUUUUUGGUAUCCCGCGGAGCCGACGCCCACUUCAAGCCCGGUGAUGAAGCCACCCUUUCAGCGUGCAAGCUAGCCGAGAUUUGUCCAAACCACCCAGAAAUGGUUUCUUUUCUGAAGGCACAACCGAUCCGCCUCGAAUCAUACAGCUCCACUACUCCCAAAGAUUCAACAUCCAAUGCCACCCAGAAGAAACUUUCCAUGAAGGGAAGCUCCACUGUUGAAUUCCAGGUUGAUGAAACAAGUCUGCCUGGUCCAAGUGGAGGAGCUCCCGGGGAACGAACAAUACACUCAUUGAUGCGGAAGCAAUCCGCCAGGGGCCGCCUAAUGACUAUGCGAAGCCAAAAAGCCUUAGACCGGAAACGAAGUGAAAUUCAAAACCGAAAGCAAAACCUUCAAGGCUCGGGCAUUCAACGGCUUGAAAAGCGAAACACUUUCUCGACUAAUUCGUCAGCUGGCGCCGCCAAGGUGGUUCGUCUUCGCGUAAUCCUUCAUCCUUAUCAUCCUAGGAAAACGGGAGUGACGGGGGUUGGAAAGGUCAUUUUGCUGCCUAAAUCCAUCGAAGCUCUGCUCAAAAUUGCGAUCGAAAAAUUCAAUAAUCGUCCUACGAAAGUGUUGAGUAAAGAGGGGGCAGAAAUCAAUGACAUAGGUGCUAUUCGGGAUGACGACCACUUGUAUGUCAUUGACGAUUCAGAAGAUGUCGGGAGUGCUCCCCAAGGGAUUGACACGGAUGAUCUCAGAGCAAGGUUGCAAGCAGUAGUUACAGCUUUAUCUCAAGACAAACAUCGAAUUCAAAAAGACGAUCAGGAAUGAUAUUAUUAAUUGUACGGAGCACGGCAGAAAAAAAAACGUCCAGUCAUUCCUAUUCCUCAACAACUGAGGUGAUCUUCACAAGAUGGUGACAAAACAAUCACUGCGAUCUAUAUUUAUUCUAUGGCUUGUAGCGAAGUUUGAGCAGAAUGAACUUCAUGAUAGGGUUUCUUUCGAAAGGAAUUAGUGCAAACAAGUUGAAGCAGUCGAAAACGGAGGAAAUUCUCAACAUGACAAUAAGAGCUCUACCACCACGCAGAACAAGAGUUGGUGCAGUCCAUUCUGUUGAAUAAUCAAGCAAUGGAGGUGGGGAAAGAUGCAGGCUCUGCAUCUUAGGAUUCAGAAUGGACAUGGUGGUUGUAACUGUACAAAGAACUUCAAAUGUAUGACCUCAUAUUGAAAAAAUGACAAUAUGCAACUAGUGCAUUAUUUCUCUUCAACAGUAAGGUA